CCGCCAAUCAGCGUCCAGCACUACAACUCCCGGCAAGCCGCGCGCAUGCGCGAUGUCACCGGCGCGCCAUCUUGACAGCGGGAGCCGCGAUCGAACCCACCGGGUCCGGGCUGGCUGAGCGUCUCCGGAACGGACCGAUCACCCGGGAGGGGGAGUUGUGUGGCGGCCUGCUUUCACCCUCCUCAUCCGGCGGCCCGGCCGCCCCCCCCCGGCUCUCCCUCCUCCACCGAUCAGCCCCUGACAGGGACAGACUGGGGCCUCACAGCAUCCCAGGAGCCCCAGCAGCGCCCCGGAGACCCCCGCACCGUGACCGGGGCCGCGGGGAGUGAUGUCCUGCCGUCCUCUCGCCGCCAGGGCCGUCUGAUCGCAGGGGGAGGCGGUCCGGUGACUCUGGGACAGGAUGCCUGUGGUGUGGCCGACCCUCCUGGACUUCAGCCGUGAUGAGUGUAAGAGGAUCCUCCGGAAACUGGAGUUGGAAGCGUACGCGGGUGUUAUCAGUGCCCUCCGUGCGCAGGGCGACCUCAGCAAGGAGAAGAAGGACCUUCUGGGAGAACUCUCUAAAGUGCUGAGCAUUUCCACUGAGCGGCACCGAGCGGAGGUGCGCAGAGCAGUAAAUGAUGAGCGUCUUACAACCAUUGCACACAACAUGUCUGGCCCAAACAGUUCCUCGGAGUGGUCGAUUGAAGGGAGGCGGUUGGUGCCGUUGAUGCCACGCCUGGUGCCACAGACGGCUUUCACGGCCACUGCUAAUGCCAUCGCUAACUCCGCCGGGCAGCACAACUCCGCCCUGCCUGACCCAGCAGAGACCGGGAACAAAGAAGUGGUUGUGUGUUACUCUUACACCAGUACAACGUCAACACCUACUUCCACCCCAGUUCCCAGCGGGAGCGUGGCCACAGUCAAGUCUCCUCGACCAGCCAGUCCUGCCUCCAAUGUGGUUGUACUGCCCAGCGGCAGCACAGUCUAUGUUAAAAGUGUCAACUGCUCAGAUGAUGACGAGAAGCCCCGGAAACGGCGACGCACAAACUCCAACAGCUCCUCUCCUGUGGUAUUAAAAGAUGUCCCCAAGCCCACAACACCCGUCUCGAAGACCAUUACCGUGCCGGUCACUGGCAGUCCUAAAAUGAGCAACAUCAUGCAGAGCAUCGCCAACUCCUUACCGCCGCACAUGUCCCCGGUGAAAAUCACCUUCACCAAGCCCACCACACAGACCACCAACACGUCCACGCAGAAGGUCAUUAUCGUCACAACCUCUCCAAGCUCCACAUUUGUUCCAAACAUCUUAUCGAAGUCCCACAACUAUGCCGCGGUCACCAAACUGGUCCCCACAUCAAUCCUAACAUCCACCACACAGAAGCCGCCGGUGGUCAUCUCCUCCUCCCAGUCCCCUGUCAUUAGCAGCAGCAGCAGCACCACCAGCGGCCUCUCUCCGUCACUGUCCACGGGAAGCAUUGCAGUGACCACCAUGGUGUCUUCCACCCCAUCCCUGGUCAUGUCCACAAUGGCACAAGGUAUUUCCACGACGGCAGUGAAGGUAGCAUCCAGCCGGCUCCCCUCCCCUAAGGGCCUGCUGGCCACUCCCGGCCAAAUCCUGGCUCAGUUCCCCAAGCAGUACCAGCAGUCUCCCAAGCACCAGAUCCAUCAGCUGGCUCAGCCGUCUGCUCUGUCUCACCCGUCUUCUACCCCGCAGCCACAGAUGCCCCCAGGAAUUAAGCCCACCAUACAGAUAAAGCAAGAAUCUGGUGUUAAAAUAAUCACACAGCAGGUCCAGCCCAGUAAGAUCCUCCCCAAACCGGUGUCCGCAGGGCUGCCCAGCAGUAGCAACACCCCCAUCAUGGUGGUCAGCAGCAACGGGGCGAUAAUGACGACCAAACUGGUGACUGCACCCAGCGGGGCACAGGCCAGUUACACACGCCCGGCGGUCAGCUCUGCUCUCGGGGCACGUAUGGCCGCGACACCCGGUGCUACCUAUGUGAAGACCACCAGCGGAAGCAUUAUCACGGUGGUACCAAAGUCUCUGGCCUCGCUGGGGGGCAAGAUCAUCAGCAGCAACAUCGUAUCUGGUACGACAACAAAAAUUACCACCAUCCCCAUGACCUCUAAGCCAAACGUCAUCGUGGUGCAGAAGACAACCGGCAAAGGGACCACCAUACAGGGCAUUCCCGGGAAAAACGUGGUGACGACGUUGCUGAAUGCUAGCAGCGAUUUUGCAAAGGGAGCACUGAGUUAUAGGAGGACCUCCUGGAAAAAUGACUAUCAGCUGCAGCUUCAUGUUAAAGAGGGCGAUAAAACUCUACAAGCUAUGUCAGCGGGAACUAAGCCAGCGAUCAUCACCGCCACCCGCCCCAUUACAAAGAUGAUCGUCACCCAACCCAAGGGCCUCGGAUCUGUCGUUCAGCCAGCAACUAAAAUCAUCCCCACCAAAAUAGUGUAUGGCCAGCAAGGGAAAACCCAGGUCCUUAUAAAGCCAAAGCCGGUCACUUUCCAGGCCACCGUCAUGAGUGAGCAAACCAGGCAGCUGGUUACUGAGACUCUGCAGCAGGCCUCCCGGGUGGUGGAGACCACUAGCGCCACCAUCCAGGAAGUGAAAGAAGACACGGAGAGUAGCUCAUCUUCCACUGAAUCCUCGCAAAGCUCCCAAGGUGCCACAGUCUACAUGUCAAAUUCCCAGCCCGUGGUUCACGUCAUUGCGUCUCGGGGUCAAGACUGGUCAGAACAUGAAAUCGCCAUGGACACCACGCCUACGAUAAUAUACCAGGACAUAGGGGGAGAGUCUCAGUCUGCUACGUCCACCAUCAAGGCUCUGAUGGAGCUCCAGCAGACCUGUGUGAAAGACAGAGCGGACUGUAAACCCCGCCAGCCGACCAUUGACCUCAGUCAGAUGGCUGUUCCUAUCCAGAUGGCCCCAAAUAAACGUCAGGCUGAAAGUGCUUCCAUUGCUGUGCUGGAGUCAGAAUUGGUUGCAGAAUACAUAUCUACAGGUAAACCCAGGCCUGUGGCUUCCACCACCACCACCACAGUGAGUUCCGGGGACGUCCCCCUCACGUCCAUCCUUCAGGUCACUCACCCGUCACAGCACCACCAGCUGCAGACCUCCCAGGCCUCGCGUACACUCCUCCAGCACGUCACGCAGUCACAGAGCGCAGCGCAGACGUCGGUGGUGGUAAAAUCCAUCCCCGCUUCCUCUAGCGGGGCCUUCACCCAUAUUAUGCAGCAGGCACUAAGCAGCCACGCCGCCUUCAAGAGAACCGAGGAGAGCCUGACAGAGGAGGGGGAAGUGGAGGAGAUGGAUACGUUGGACCCUCAGACCGGGCUCUUCUACAGGUCUGCCCUGGCUCAUAAGCAGCAGAAACAGAUCCACUUGCACCAGGAGGGGACGCACCUACAGGUGAAGACGGUGCAGUCCCUGCAGACCAAGCAGAAGCAGAUCAUCCAGCUGCAGCCGGAGCAGAUUCAGCACAAGCUCCAGCAGACGGCCCAGCUGUCCAUCAGGCAGCAGAAACUCACGCCCCUGCAGCAGGAGCAGCUGCUGCACCAGCACACACACCGCCACAUGCUGGUGAAAGAGAGGCCCAUCCCGUCACUCGUCUCUCAGCCGCAACAGACUGUGGUGCAGGUUCUGGCGGUGAAAACCACCCAGCAGCUGCCUAAACUGCAGCAGGUCUCGGGGCAGCAGAAGAUCUACAUGCAGUCCCAGCUGUCCCAGACCCCGGUGCAGCUGCCGCUCACGUCCGAUAAGCAGCCGACCACUCAGUUGACACAGCCAAUCGUAUCACAGGGAUCGGCUGUUACGAAGAUCACUUUUGAAGGACAUCAGCCCCCCACUGUUUCUAAGGCAACGGUUAGCGAAUGUCUUCCGAAGCUCACCCCUGCGGUGUCCAGCAUCCUCCCAGCUGUCUCGAUGGCAGAGAAGGCCUCCGUAGCAGACAUACUGAAGAUGUCCAUGAUGCAGGCCGAUAUAGAGCCGGACGUGGAGCCCAUGAUUGUGGACCCUCCGUGUAAAGUGACUCCCAUCAUUAAACCUAUGCCAGUGUUAACGGAGGCAGCUAUUCUUCCCCAGGUGCAAAGGCUAUCCGCGCCAAGUACAGUGACUGCCACAGUGCCGCCCCCACCUAAAUGUUUCCCAGCCCCCAUAAUUACAGCAACCACGUCCACAGCACUCCCUGUGCCUCUGCCACCACCGCCCCCGCUAACGAGGAAGGUCGAUGUCCCAGUCGCCAGUCAGAUCAUACAGAUCCAGAACAUGCCACAGAAGAGGGCAGAAGAGAUGCCUUCCGAAAUUAUUAUACAGACCAUACCUCAGUACACCAUACCGUCUCACGCCAGCUCCAAUGUGCUGGUGGAACCCAGUGGACUUCUGGAGAUGAAUAAUUUCACCAGCCAGCGGCUCGGAGAUGAGGAUACGGUCAUUAUCCAUGACGGGGACAUGAGUGCAGACGAGAGGACACAGUGUAAACCUCCGCUCAAUAUUGAGCACGUGUAGCGGCCAUGUAAGCAGGACGAGGCCUGUCCGUGGCAGCGAGGACAUCGUUAUGUGGGACCGCUGGCUAGAUUUGGGAUAAUGAGUCUGGAAGCAUGGACAGAAGCAAAGCCAAAGAGUUGGAAAGUCUUUUGCCCUCUGCGGUGCCAUUGUGUGGCACUGUUCUAUUUUAUAGUCAAGUGAAGGACAAAAAAUACCCUUCGUGAGCACAGUAUUUUAUUUUAUUUUUCCCUGUGGAGGAAAGAUUUGGCCACAACAUUGGUCCCAUACUGUCCCCAGGGACAAUUUUUGGAUCUGCACUUUAAAAAACAAAACUAAAAAAAAAAACUCCCCUCUAAAAUGAA